AUGCAUCGCAGUUUACUAAAAACAGAAGUAGAAAUGCAGCAACUACCUACCCGUGACGUUGAGGGUGAGGGUAUAGAGAUCAGUAAGGAUGCUAAUGGUAAUGGUGAGAAUGUGAGCAACUCUUCCGAAGCGUUGGCCUACAAAUUGGGCAAUGGUUUGGGCCCCUGGUGCUUUGGUGCGCAAUUCCAAGAGCAGCAACGCAAAGAUGGUGUAGACCAGGGCGCCAUUGGCCGAUACGAAUGUGCAACCGACAAGGCCGUACUAAAUCCAUAA